GCGAUAAUCAAGCAACCUCAAGAACUAUAACCAAGCGGCGAUGCAAUGCUGGGAAUGCCAUGUCGUCGAGUCACGUCGUCGCAGUGCCGCAUGGGUAAUUACGUGCGAUUGACUAAUCGACUGCCCGCUAGCCAGGGCAGGCAAGUGCCAUCUCCCUCCACCCGAGAUAAGCAGCUUCAUCUCUUCUCCAACUUGCGCUGUCCAUUCGGCCGACCUCGGUUUUUGUGUUAACCCGAUAUGUCUGAAGAAAAGGUGGCUCUCCUCGAGGGCCAUGGGGGACUUCCACAUACCAUUACGCAGCACAGGAAUGUCAACCCUCGCCGAUUAGUCACCAAACCGUGGUCGGUCACACUGGCUGGGCUGCUUACAUUGAUUGCACUGGGCUUGUGGAGCACAACGUCAUUUCGGCACUGUCAUACAGUUGAGCCCCUGAAAUCUGUCAAGGAUCGUGUUCAUAAAAUUCUCGUCGAUACUCCGCUUAUCGACGGGCACAAUGACCUUCCCAUACUGAUUCGAGCGAAAUACGGAAACAAGAUAUAUAGCUCGGACUUCAUCGAGCGGUUUACGUUCGGCAACCUGACGGGCCAUGUGGACGCACCUCGUCUAACGAGUGGCCAGGUUGGAGGCACAUUCUGGAGUGUAUUCGUACCUUGUCCCAAAGAUUGGUCCAAUUUUGCCGAUGAAGCCUACGCCAAAAGCGUGCGAACAACUUAUGAACAAGUCGAUGUAAUGUCAAGGAUCCAACAAGAAUUCAGCGGAAUUCUGUCUCCGCCACCCAAUGCCACAACUGCUUUGCAGGAAUUCCAGAGUGGAAAAGUCAUCUCUCCAUUCGGCAUAGAGGGCCUUCACUCGAUCGGAAACUCCUUUUCGCAUCUCCGAUCAUUCUACAAACUUGGUGUUAGAUACGCUACUCUGACCCACAAUUGCCAUAAUAGAUAUGCAGACGCGGCCUUGACCGAGCAACCUGACGGCAGAGUGAGAAAGGCAGAUCCGCUGUGGAAUGGUAUCAGCGAGCAGGGAAAGAUUCUGGUCUCUGAAAUGAACCGUCUUGGUAUGAUUGUCGAUCUUGCACAUGUCAGCGAACAGACUAUGCGCGAUGUCCUUGGAGCCGGCAAGGAUGAGUGGAUUGGCAGCCAAGCUCCGGUGAUAUUCAGCCACAGCUCCGCCUAUGCUCUCUGUCCGCAUCCGCGCAACCCGACUGAUUCAGUGCUGAAACUGGUUAAGAAGAGGAAUUCUCUCGUGAUGGUUAAUUUCUACCCAGCCUUUACCAGCUGCACAGCAUCUGAUCGUGAAGACGGCCUGCCUGACUUUUACCCACCCAAUGCGACCCUCUCGCACAUCGCUAGUCACAUUAUUCACAUCGGUGAACUCAUCGGCUACGAUCAUGUCGGCCUAGGCAGUGACUUUGACGGGAUUGAAUCAACGCCUAUAGGACUCGAGGACGUGUCCAAGUACCCAGAUCUAAUUGCCGAGCUCCUCAACCGUGGAGUCAGCGAUGAGGAUGCUGCAAAAGUAGCGGGUGGAAACCUCCUUCGUGUUUGGAAACAGGUUGACGAAGUGGCACUUAAAUUGCAAGCUGAUGGAGUACUGCCGGCUGAAGAUAAGCUGGAGAAAUGAGAUCUGAAUUAUGUAUGAAUCAUGGGUCGACGGUUCACUAGACAGCGGUUUCUUUAGACUGUCCAAGUUUU